AAAAAAAAAACAUUAUCACACCAACACGUGACAAAAGAAAUGUUGACCCCAGCGUUUGAGAUAUCCCAAGAUGACUCCUUUCUCAAUAUUAUUAUAAAAGCAAAGUUUGCUAAAGUAGCAGAUACUGAAAUGUACAUCGAUGGGGAUGAAUUUAAAUUUUAUUCAAAACCAUACUAUCUGAGACUUAAUUUACCGGGAAGAAUAGUGGAGGAUGGCAGAGAGACUGCAAAUUAUGACAUUAAUACAGGGUACUUCAACAUAAGGAUUCCCAAGGAGAAUCCUGGUGAGAAUUUUGAUGGUCUGGAUAUGUUGACGAAGUUACUGGCACCCAAGGGGAAGACUUCGGCAGCGCAACCUUUAAUACAAGUAGUAGGAGAAACAUCGUGUGUGGACGACGGAGAAGAAGAAGAGUUUGAUUGGCAGAUAGAGCAAGAACAAAACCAAGAAAUACAGGAUACCGUGAUAUCAGAUGUCAAAUAUGGGUUCGCUAAUCUACGAAGUGGUGUUUUCAAAACAUUAAUGGAUGAGUUAAGCGGAGCGGUUGACAUUCCAGAUCCUGACAAUACAGGUCAUAGUAAGAGAAGAAAACAAAGAAUAGAAGAUGAACGUGAACAUUUUGAUGAGGCUCAUUAUCUCGCUGAUUUGUAUGACGAUGCCAUAAUACAACAGAUAUUAGAAUACCAGCCGACUUGGAAUGAGCAAUACAAACAGUUAAAAUCUAAAGAGAAACAAAAUACUGAAAAACAAUCUGUAUAUUGUGUUGAUGAAAGCAUAGUGCCUUUCUCUGAAGAAGAAAAAGAACAGAUGAUUAAACUCCCAAAGAAAGAGUAUUUAUCCAUGGACCAAGAAACACAUAGUAUUGUUUAUUUUGGUUUGGUUGAUAUAAUAUUUGCAUAUAUUUACAACCAUAGAUCUACAGAGGGUGAUAACACGGUGGAAUCAGCCUGGACCAUAUGUAAACUAAGUAGUACAUUAUCAUGGUUUGAUUCAUUUUCAUCUUUGUAUGACGUCAUAGUCAGCUGUUACACAAGAAUUGUAUGCUAUCCUCUUUAUAGACACUGGCAUUUAGCAGAAGUGAUACACGAUGAUACUAUCAAAAUAUUCAAACUUGGUAAAAGGAAACUUUUGAGUUGUUUGUUGGAAAUACACAAGUUAUUAUCAAAGGAUGAUACAAAAUAUUUACUGAAUGAUUUGUACAUAACUGAUUAUACUGUUUGGAUUCAGUCGGCAAGUCAUGACAAGAUUGAAUCACUGGCGAAUGCAUUAAAACAGGUGAAAAUUACAAAAUCAGACCUUGGCCUUGAAUUGGACGAGUUAGAACAUGCUGCAACAUUGGUAGAAGCCGAGGAAAACACAACUGAAGACAUCGUGCAGGGUAUGGAGAAUAUAACAAUACAUCAGUAUGGAUACCCUGGUGUUAUGCACAUGGAAAGCAGUAAGGAGAAUUGCAAUGUUGAUCAGAGUGCAGUUGGUGCUAGUGAUGGGGGACUGCUUGAGCACAUAGCUCAAAUGUCACUACUAGAACAGGACACUUGUUCUGAUGACUCAGAAACAGAUGACAGUGACACAUCUUUAUCAGAAGAAUCAAGUAACUAUAGCAACAGUGAUGCAGAAUGUAGUGUUGGACAUUCAGAUGGUGAGAAAACUGAUCUGCAGUCAACAGUUUAAGAAAUAAAAAUAAAAGCAAACAUCAGAACAUGA